CACGGACUGUAAUGUCGCUCGUGCCGAACGUGUUGCGAAAACCUUAUUAUGUUUAUGCAGUGACAGCGAUUUCCGCCUAACUCACGGAGUGUUACAAAUGCAUCUAUAGUGAUAUACUAGUAGUGGCGCCCAAUGUGCACACAGUUAAUUAGCGCUAUAAACAAACAGUGCGCGAUUAAAACGAUAGUGUUAGUUCGGAAUGUGCGGUGUUGUCGCGGAAGACGAGGCAGAUAGGGGCUAGGGGAUGGCGAGCGACGGAGCCGGGGGCGGCGGCGGCGUGGAGCCGACGAGUCUGGAGUACAUGGAGGACCCGUACUUCGUCCCGCCGGAUGACGACUCCACACCCAGUUUCGAUGUGGCCGUGGAGGAGCUGGAGGAGCUCGAGGAGAUGUCCAGCUGGCCCCGCGACGACCCCGAAGCCGACUGGCGCACAUUGCCGGACCUCGCCGAGUCAGCACUGUGCAUAGAGACAGAAUUCUACAUGGAUAACCGUAGACGACGGUUACGUAUAUUUAGGAAAAAAAUUCGUGAAGUACGAGUUACGUUCCAGGAUCUAUCUAAGCCGUAUCUUGCCAAAGUAUCAAGCCACACUAACUACAAGAAAUUUUUGGGUAUCACACCUGGAGCGGAGGAGGCGAUGCCGGCGACGGGGGCGGCGGGCGACGCUCAUGUGGUGGACGAGCUGGCGGGGCUGACGCCGGAGCAGGCAGAGCAGCUGCGCGCCGAGUGGAGCCGCGAGCUGGCGCGCGUCGAGGACGAGAUCGCCACGCUGCGCACCGUGCUCCAAAGCAAGAUCCGUCAAAGCUCCGAAUUAAAAAGGAAACUUGGCAUCACGGUGUGGAAGGAGAUCACCGACGACGUUAAUCAGGGUUUGAAAAAUGUGAAAGAGAGCCAAGUUUAUCAAACGAUAGAAACUCGCGUGGCUGCGCUUACACAGGCUGUGACUGAAGCACCAAUAUACCAAAAAACGGAAUCUGUGAUAAAGACGACGGCGGAGAAGACGACGUCGAUCCUGGGCGGCAUCACGGCCGGCGUAACCAGCAAGCUGGGCCAGAUGCGCAACUCCGAGUCCUUCCGCUCCAUCGAGGAGCGCGUCGGCAGCGCCUACGAGAACGUCAAGGGUAAAGUGGCGUCGCGGUCCAACUCGACGCAGAGCUUCGACGAGGCGCUGCGCGACGCCAGCCGCGCGGCCAGCGGCGCCACGUCGCCCUCCAUCCCGGAGCACAAGCCGCUACCCUAGUGCGCCGCACGCACCCACGCCGCACCACUCGCCACACUACGCUAACACACGUCAAGGCGUACACCGCGUACUUUCUGCUAUGUGAUUAAAUAUCUUUAAAAAACUCAGCGGCUACGGUUGCUUUCAGAGCGACGAGUUUAGACUCGCGGUAGUACUUUCGUUUCGUUGUCACGCGCUUGAACAGCGCUAUCAUUUCAGAGUAGGCGCGCUUUCGAAACGCGCAGUCCGUGUCGCUCUGAAACCACCUUUACGUAGUCCAUGUCUCACCGCGGUCUAUUCUUUGACGACUAUGACGAAACCAACACGGAUCACAUCGACCUGUUUGAAGUUAACUCGAUAGAAGGGUACUGGAUACUUCUCGUUGACUUUCCUUGACAGCGACAAUACCAACGAACUCAUCGGAGUGCUUGCACUGCCUUAACAGGCGUAAUAAACGGACUCGUGUCCAAUUUUAAUGUUGAAGAGGAAUUCAUCGAGCUUACAUAGCUUAAGUGUCUGAUAUAUGUCUUUGGUUAGUUACUUUGGAAUUGGGCUCAGGGUGCUCUUUUUAAUUUUAAAAACUUCGGCUCUUACGUGCCAUCCAUUGAUCUAGUUGUUUGAACACCCUGGAUGCUAAUUCGUAGUUACAAGGAGUUGUUAAUUAAGCGAAAAUAUCUUCAAUACAUGUCAAAUGUUAUAAAGAAUGUAUAUCAUAGAACGUUUUUAAUAUCUUACUUAUCGAGUCAGUUGUAUUGUAUGAACGAAAUGCAAAUGAAAAGUUGAUAUUGCGGUUUGAGGGAAAAGUACUACCACCUGGUUAGGAUGAUUAUGAUUUCGGGUCCGUGGUUCAUGUCUCCAAUCUCCAUUAGAAUGUCAUCAAAUGUACUGCAAAAAUGUAUUUGACUUGUUGUAUUAACACCAAUAUUAAAUAUAAGCUUUCGUGUUAGAUCUUGAUACAAAUAACCCCAUUCUAUUUAUUGGACUGAAAUUAUGUUUAUUUAGUAUGUGUACUUAUUUUGGGGUUCGUUCUAGUGUUCUAUUAGUGGUAAACUAACGCUACAUACAUGUAUCAUUUUGAAAGUGUUUUUACCCGAUAGUAUUUCUUGUUAUGUAAGCUUUUGUUGUAUCAAGUACUAGACGGUAUUUAUAGCGGCGUGGUUAUGUUCUGUGGUUCUCCGAGACUGCUGUACGGCUUGAUGUUAGAGUAUUCGAAUAAUCACGUUUCUUUCAAUUUGUCUCAAGUUUGCAUUCCAAAUAAUAUUCACUCAUUAAGAUGUCUGUUUAUAAAUGUUUAUCACUUGAAACGUUGUGAGUUAUUCGAUUAUGUGGAAUACACGUGGAACUUAGGGGUACUCUUUUAAAAGCUCCAUAAUGAAGUUAUCACUUUUAUAUUCUUAUUGAAAUAUUAUACGUGUUGAAAUCACAAAGUUGUAAAUCCAUGUUACGUAUAGCGUAUGUGUAUAAUAUAAGACACAAUACCUUGCCGAUGCCUCUUAGGUCCAGUUUGAAAUAUAAAAAUGAUAUUUUUUAUAAGAUGCUUAGCUUUCCUUUACUUAUAAAAUAUUUCCACUAUUUACAUUAAUUACCUUUGAAGAUGGUAAAUAAAAUUUAUGUAUUAA